AGAAACCUUGGAAAUGGCAGACGCGCCAAUAGAGUCCAUCGGAACUCCUGCAUCUAAUGCGCCAAAUGAGACAUCUACGAAGGAUGCAUCAAGCUCAAAGGGUAUUCCAGUCGCUUCUGACGCUAACCUUGCCGACACAGAUAAGUGGCUCAAUGUUGAAUCGACUUCCGACAGCGACAAAUGCUCAGAAAAGAAAUCCGGCCGGAAAACCAUUUGGAGAAAUCGAAAAAGAGCUAACCGAAGGAGGUCCAAGAGGCAGCGCGAACCUGUGCAACAGUCAACGAGUUCAAAGGAAAGAAAAUAUUUCCCAAAAGUGUGUCAACAGUUCGACAGAGAUGAAGCGCAUACUGAGGAAUGUACGGAGGAUCAGAAAGUUGUUGCGAUAAAGACCGCUCUCUCCCAGGAAGAUGACAAAAACAUGUCUUUUCUCAACAGAGCGGUUCGGAAAUUUUCGAAGCUCCAAGAAAAUAAUUUUGGCGUUAACACGAUAGAUCACAAUGUUUCUCUACAUAAUCAGAUAUUUGCAUCACUCAAUGAACAGAGGAGCAGCGGAAUGCUAUGUGACCUUGUGCUUGUGACUGACGACAACAGAACUAUUAACGCGCAUAAGGCUGUCUUAGCUGCGGCUAGUCCUUUUUUCCACGCAAUGUUCGCUGUCGACAUGGUUGAAUCGAAAAACAACAAGAUCACCAUGCAUGGCAUUGAUUUUACUACACUGGAAGAGAUAAUUCAUUAUAUCUAUUCUGGCCUUAUACAAGUGGAUGCUGAAAAUUUGAUCCCAACGAUGUUUGCCGCUAACUUUUUCCAGCUCAACGAUUUGACUGAAAGUUGUGCUGAAUUGUUGAAGAAUCAUCUCAGCCCAACAAACACGCUCUAUGCUCGAGCAGUGUGUUCGGCGUUGAACUGCCGAUUGGUAGUGGAGGAGAUAGAAGAGUCUAUUGAUGUGGAUUUUCUAUCGAUUUGUGACAGUGACGCUUUCUUGGAGCUGACCAUCGAGGAUUUGGUCGUAUUAUUGUCCAGAGAUACUUUGAAUAUUGACAAAGAAGAUUCCGUGUGUAAGGCGGCCUUACGAUGGGUUGAUUAUGAUCCGCAAACCAGAAAGGAAUAUGUACCCAGAAUCUUGAAAUGUAUUCGCUUGCAAUUACUGGAACCAGCUUUUCUUGCCCAAGAAGUCGGACGUCAUCCUCUUGUUCGAGGCAAUCCGGAAAGCAGGGAUAUGGUGGAGGACGCAAAAGACUUCCAUUUGCUGCAAUGCCGCAUCUCCUCACCGCAACCUGGCAAUCGUCGUAAGUGCCCUCGCUCGCCGUACUUUUUCGUAGCAGGCGGUGCAUCUGGUACAGACGAAGUAGAAAUAUAUAAUCCGGUUGGGAAUGAAACCAUUGCGCUACCGAAUAUGACAAAGCGCAUGAGUUUUGGAAUGGCCACAUACAAUGACAUGAUUUAUAUUGUGGGAGGACACAAUGGUGAGGAAUCGCGUCCCUUCAACAGCAUGCAAAAAUUUGACUUUUCUUCACUAAAAUGGACUACGAUGCCCAACAUGCCUACACCACGAGCCCACUUAUCAGUUGCUGUGCUUGGAAGCAAACUUUACGCAUGUGGAGGAUCUACCAAUCGUGAUCAUUAUCACGACCGAACCACACCAGAAGUAACCAGCACAGUAGAAGUCUUUGAUUUCCAAAGAAAUAUGUGGGCGACAGCCCCUUCCAUGUCUAUACGUCGAAAAGAUUGCGCUGUUGCCGUUCUUAAUGACGUACUUUACGUCAUUGGUGGCCAUGGUGACUUUGUAUUUGAAAGUGUUGAACGGUUUUGUGCUGCUGAAAACAGGUGGGAGAGAGCUCCUUCCAUGGAAUUAGGCCGGAGAAUGGCUGCAGCGACAACGCUGAACAAUAAGAUCUACGUUUGCGGCGGGGAUGAUGGAAGAGAAGUACUGAAUACUGUUAUAUUUUUUGAUCCGGUGUCAAACUGUUGGUCCUACGCACCUCCAAUGCAGGUAGCUCGCAAGAAUCUGUCGGUCUUAUCCUACAACAACACGAUUUACGCUAUAGGAGGAGAAAACGCUUCAACUACUCUGCGUAGUGUGGAAUAUCUCCGUGAAGGCUCUAGCGAAUGGAAGUUCGCUGAAGACCUCGAAACUUACAGGACAAAGUUCUCAGCUGCAAUUUUACCUAUUGAGUUAAACACUUAGAUUUUGAUAAUUCGUACGGUAGAUGAUAUCAUUCCGAUCGAAAGUUUUUUUCUUCAACGCUUUCCCUCUAACUUUGUUUUUGUCGGAAUUUUUCGCUUAUAAUUCCAUUGCUACACUAACUGUCUCCAUUGAUUCCAUGCAGAAAUCUCCUAGUACAUUCG